AUGGCAAACGAAUCUGCUUCUGUCCGGUGUUGGCUGGUGGGGAUGGGGGGUGGGCUGGAGGGACUAAUUUUUGAAAUAACCCCAGAGACUUGUUUCCAGGACAGAAGCCUGCCCUCAAGGAAAAUUACUUUGCUGGUGUCCGAAGAGAUGAAGCAGGCACCAGAAUCAAACUCAGAUGUGGCAGAAAUUUUAGAAUUAUCAGAAUGGGAAUUUAAAACAACUAAGAUGAAUAUGCUAAAGUCUUUGAUAGAAAAAAUGGACAACGUGCAGGAACAGAUGAGGAAUAUAAGCAAAAAAUGGAAAACUUAA